AUGGGCUCUUAUGGUAUCUCUUCCGCAACACGUGUCGCCGAAGACAUGUUACACAAUUUCCCCCAUAUUCAAAUCGGUCUGAUGGUGGGGAUUGGCGGCGGAGCUCCAAGCCCAGGUCACGAUAUACGUCUUGGCGGUAUUGUGGUUAGUAUUCCUGUCAAUAGCCGAGGGGGUGUCAUUCAGUAUGAUUUUGGGAAAACGAUCCAAGGCCAAACAUUUCAACCUACGGGUUUCCUGAACCAACCACCUGCUAUACUCCGUGCGGCUGUGAGUGGACUUCAAGCACAAUAUGAAAGUGACGGUCAUCAACUUGAAAAGGCAGUCAAUGAGGUCCUUGAGAAGAAACCGAGGUUGUGGAGGAAAUAUAAACGGCCAGAUCCUGAGAGUGAUCGGUUAUACAAAAGUCAUAUUGUUCACCGACUUCAACUUGAAGGUACUACAUGUGCUGUGACUUGUGGCAAGGAUGCAGACAAGUUGAUCUCACGUCUGCCUCGUUCAGAGGAUGAAGAUAAUCCGGCAAUACAUUAUGGUCUUAUCGCGUCGGCUAACCAGCUGAUGAAAGAUGCUAUUGUUCGCGAUAAACUCGCCAUGGAGAAUGGGGUUCUAUGUUUCGAAAUGGAAGCAGCUGGGCUAUUGGAUAGUUUCCCGUACCUUGUGAUUCGGGGUAUUUGUGACUAUUCCGAUUCACAUAAGAAUAAAGAUUGGCAGGGUUAUGCCGCCAUGGUCGCAGCUGCAUACGCCAAAGAUAUCUUAUAUCGGAUUGUCUCUCGGCAAAUAAAUGAUAAAGGGGUACCUGCCACUGCCAGUCUCUCGUCGCCUAAUGAUAGAGGUAAAUCAAGUGAUCACCCUCGCUCAUAUUGCCCACAAUAUCAAUAUCAACCAGCCGAAGAGCCAAGACUGGAUGAUAAAGAAGUAUCUACCAGUCUCUUAUCGCCAAAUAAUGGGGGUCAAUCAAGUGAUCGCCCUUGCUCAUAUUCAAAUUUCCCACAAAGCCAAUAUCAACCGGCCGAAGAACCGAAAUAUUCUUUCCCGGUAGCAGUCUUCUCGUCCGCAAAGUCGCCUGAAGAACAAAAACCAGCCGCUAAGGUGGAAAGGCGAACAGCGCCAAGCCAUCGGAAAUCCGAGCGAGACCCCAUAGAAUGGAAUCUUGAGAGUCAUUCGUCUCGUGUUCUUACAGUAGCCCUCUCGCCCAGGGGUACUAUUGGUGUUUGCUCAGUCGCCUUCUCCCCCAAUGACAAACUGUUGGCCUCUGGCUCUGAAGGCAAGACGGUUAUAAUAUGGGACAUUAGAACAGGCUCUGCACUCCAUAUUCUACAGCAGACACCUAGUUCUAUCGGUCCGUUGGCCUUCUCGCACGACUGUCAGUUCUUGGCUUCUGUUUCUAGUGAUAUAGAUGUUGGGCUAUGGAACGUUAGCACUCGUGCUCAAGUCAAGCGAUUUUCGGGCCAUCGCAAGCGGCCUUUAUCGGUCGCGUUCUCGCCAGUCGCCAAUCAAUUGGCAUCUGGAUCUAGUAACUACGAACUGCAACUCUGGAGCCACACAUGGAUGUACCCCAGUCCCAUCAAAUCCCCCGAUAUUCAUUCUCACCCUCUUACUUCAUUAGCCUUCUCGCCUGAUGGCCGAAUACUAGCCGCUGGCACGAGAUACCAUGGGAAGAUUUGGCUUUGGGACCCCUUGUCUAGAUCUCUGUGCAGGACGUUCACAGAUGACCAUUCGGAGGGGGUGGAGGCAUUGGCCUUCUCGCCCGACGGCAAGCUGCUCCUGUCUGGAUCUAAGGAUAUGACAGCGAAAAUCUGGGAUAUCAGAACUGGCUAUAUUGUUGGGACGUUCAGAACUCAUUUUGAAAAAGUUUGCUCAGUAGCAUUCGCGUCCAGUGAACAGAUCUUGGUUGCUGGCUUCUCCGAGAAGACAGUGCAAGUAAAUGUUUUCAAUUUCCGGGCACGAUAA